AUGACUUCUGUGGAUACCUUCCAGACGAGUUGUUUCCACAGCUGGUUACAGAGUUUAUCUACAGGUUUCAAGACGAAGAAGGAAAUGAACAACCAAAGCUGGCACGUGAUCAUGCAGAACUUUACUUCGAUCAACAUCAUCGUGUAAUAAUGUCUGCAAUUACUUUUGGACUAAACCGACUGCUGAGGACAACUAUUCUUAGAAGGAAGCGAGACGACGUAGCACAGAAAGACCUCGAACCAUUACCAGAAGCCUGUAAAACGGUUUUGGAGUUUCUUGAGGAGUCAUUCGAGGUCUCCCAACAGGGUGGCAGGAGGGGGUUUCAAUUCCAACGAUGUAUACCUUGCAGCAUUUGCAGCAAGAAUUCACCAAAGAAACACAUACAAUGGCUGGGGAACUUUGAAAAGGAAUGCCUUCCAUGCAAAGAUGAUGCAAUGUGUGUCGUACGCUAUAAACGACUAUUUGCAGGUACUGUGGAUUCAGGUGAACAACUCUCAGAAGACAUGUCACAUACUGAAG